GAUGUAUGAAUGUGGCUAACAUCUUAUUUUGAAUUGUACUAGAAAUGUACAUACAUGAAGUUAUUUCGAGCUUGGAAGUGUAUUUCGGAAAUUAUUUAAACAUGUUGUUCGCUUACCAACUCUAUUACAAGUUGAGAAACUGACAGCGAACAACAUGGAUCCUGAUCAGACUGAGCGGAUGAACAGGCUGGUCUGGAUCCAUGCUGGUCGCAAACGCACUAUGUUGGUUUUGUCGUGACGCAGCUCAUAUCUGAUUUGUAAAGAUGAUACUUUAACCACUUUGAUUGAAUUAGGAUUUCUUCUCAGUCCUAUACUGUAAAUUGUGAUAAUAUUUCAAAUGUCAAUCUAAAUUAAAUGUAAAAAAAAAACAACAUAAUUAUCCCAUUCGAAAUUAAAGACGUGAAAAAAAUGUCAAAAGCAAAGUAUUCAGAAUUUCUUGACAUGUUUCAUAAUGCGUGUCGUAUGAAAUAAAACUAACUUUAUAUUCAACAGUGAUGGAUGUAUAAGUGUACAAAAAUAUAAGCACGCCGAGGAAAAUUAUAUAAUUAAGCACAUAAGCUAAUUUUUACAUUAUAAUUAGAAGUGUUGUGAAACUGUUUUUAACUUUGGAUAUGAUGAUUCAAUCAGGACGAAACUUCAAAAUGUCUGGUGUAACAACAAGGUCAAAGACAAGACAUCAACAUGAAAACGGCGCAGCUAGUGCGCAUGUCAAUAAGGUCAGGAAAAAUGAAGUCACGUGUCAAAGAUAUGAUGUCAUUUCAAACAGUUUUAACAGCUACAAGGAAAGUUAUGAAACAAUUGGUAAUUCAGAAGUUGGCCAAAAGAUUCGUCAUUUCUUAAACAAGCUGUUUUUCCCAGUAUGUCUCGUUUCAACGACUCCGUUAAUCGUAUUUAUAUGUUGGUAUACAAAUAUUCAUUGUAACGGAAGUUACACAGAAAUGUUCACCAGAUUACGGAAUGGGUCUGUUUCUUUCAAUCUAUUAGAAAUAUUGAGUAGCAUCAGUGUUAUCAAUAGUUUCACGGUGGGUGUUGUCUUUGGAUAUUUCGCGUGGGCUGUCUUUUGGAUGCGUGUUCUACCUGGGAAAAGAGUAACGGGUCCAGUGACACCAAACGGUAACGUUCCAGUCUAUGUUGACAAUGGAUUUUUGCACUAUAUCGUCACAAUGAUUGGAUUUUGUGUGCUAACAAUUGGACUUAAAAUGUAUGGCAUGACACCGACUGUUGUAUAUGACCGCUUCGGGGAACUUCUGGCAUUUAUGAUAUGCUUUGCCUUGGUGUUUGUCCUUAUCCUGUAUUUCAAAGGCGUGUUUGCACCAUCAUCUACGGACAGUGGCAGAACUGAUGGCGGUUUUAUCUUUGAUUAUUAUUGGGGAACAGAGCUUUAUCCCCGGAUAUUUGGAGUUGAUGUGAAAGUCUUUACAAAUUGUCGCUUUGGUAUGACAGUAUGGCCGUUAUUAGUGUGUAUAUACGCCUUGAAAAGCUACGAACUUUACGGAUUUGUGGACAGCAUGUUUGUAACAACUAUCCUACAACUUGCUUAUAUCACCAAGUUUUUCAAGUGGGAAGCGGGAUAUAUGCAAACAAUUGAUAUUAUCCUAGACAGAGUCGGGUUCUAUAUAUGUUGGGGAUGCUUAUGCUGGGUACCAGCUAUAUAUCCUCUUGUUAGUCAGUAUCUAGUAAGCCAUCCAGUGCGACUCGGUCCAUUAUGGGCUUCCGUAAUUUUAGGACUUGGACUGGUUUCUGUUCUUGUCAACUAUCUUGCCGAUUUACAGCGCCAGGUUGUCCGCAAAGCAGAUGGCAACUGUUUGGUAUGGGGGAAAAGGCCUGACAUUAUAAGAGCUAAAUACACCAUUGAAAGUGGAGAAGAAAGAGAAAGCAUUUUGUUAGCCUCGGGUUGGUGGGGAUUAUCAAGACAUUUUCAUUAUAUCCCAGAAAUACUCCUGUCUUUCUUCUGGACUUUACCGACGGGAUUUGUGCACAUGCUGCCGUACACCUACGUGAUAGUGUUAUUGUUCCUUCUUACACACCGUAGUUUUCGGGAUGAAAAUAAGUGCUCUAGAAAAUACGGGAAAUAUUGGCAGGAGUAUUGUGCGAAAGUUAAGCACAGAAUAGUGCCAUUUCUAUUUUGAAAUAAAUAUUCUAAAUGAUAUGAAACUUUGUAAUAUAAACAUUGCGUGUAAAUGUAAAGACAAGGAUUUUAUUUUUCGGUUUUAUACGUAAAAUAAAAAGACUGAUCCGUAUUUAGCGGAUGGUCUUUGUGUCCUCUAACCGAAAAAUAAUUAUAAAUGCUUGAUACAUGGUAGCUUUUGGUGAAUUUUAGGUGCACAUUUGAAAAUAUACGUCUGAGCAGCUUUCAGAGUUUAGCACAGGCAAAGAGUGUUAAUUGCUAGUCUUUCUUUGGAAAAGCAAUCUGCAUAUUUAAUUGACAUGUAGUAUCUGAUUAAUUUUCAGAUGCAUAUUUUGAAAUACGCGUUUCUAUUUUUUCUCUAAAAAUUUAAGACUUCAACGCAUGAAAGGUUGUUAAAUGCUUACCUUUUCUUGAAGAAAAAAUCUGCGUAAUGAAUGAAUGGCUUCUUGUGUAUUUUCAGGUGCACAUUGUGCUACAUUAUAUGAAUGAGGCUGAAUAAUGAAAAUCCAUACCCCUUAAAAAACUAAUUGGUUAAGAUUUUUACAUUUAUGCUUAUUUAUGUUUAUUUUACUAGUAAUGCACCACAUACAGAUACUAGCAAAGCGAUCAGCAUUCCUCAUCGGAGAUAAUUAAAUGCAUGUUAGCCUUUAUAAAGGCUGUAUUAAUUAUAGACGUUUGCAAAUCAAUCCUCUUGUCCUUUUGACAGAACAAAAAAGAAAUUUUAUUAUUUUCUUUGAUUGUAAAAAUAGACUGAUCAAGAGUAAGUCCAAGCUCACCCCACUCCUUCAUCCCAAUGUAUUUGAGCCGUGUCACGACAAAAUCAACAUAGUGCGUUUGCAUCCGCGCAGUCUGAUCAGGAUCCAUGCUGUUCGCUAUCAGUUUCUCUACUUGUAGAUAAUGUGGUUUUGCCAUGGCUCAUUUAUUCUUUCACCAGAAUGUCAAUAUUAUUACAUGUGUGUUAGUCUUAGAAAUUUAGAAAUGAUUUUAAACACAAAAACAGAAAAAAAAUCGUUUUCUGGGAAAUAAUAAAUGAUAUGUUUCAAUAUUGUUAAUAUGAUAAUUCUGCACUUUUACUUUUAUACUUUUAAUUUCAAUGCAACAUUAGCCUGUGUAAAUACAUUUGAUAUGAAGAUACCGGGGUGUGUAUUUGAGACUAUAGAAAUUAUUUGAACUGUCGAUACCUCUGAUAAAACUUGUGUAAUAAAGUCAUUGUCAAUUGUCAAAAUAAAUCUGUUAACAACCUACAAACUGCUUUCUUAUUGCAAUAAUUUUUAUAUCUUAAAUAUGAAAAAAUCACCAAAAUAUGAAGAGGAAAUACUCGAAUAUACAAAUCUGUUUUAGUC